AUCCGUUGUUGUGGGAAAUGUACUUCCGGGUUAUCGGGGUAUGGAUCGCAUUUUAAUGCAAACAAUUAUUAGAUACAGAUACCUGAUUACCAGACGCGUUCGCAUAAUUUAAACACAACAAACAUGGGGAAGAAGCAUAAAAAGCACAAGCCGGAGUGGAGAACAGUUGAUGACUGUGAGGACAAGCCUUUUGAGAAGCAGCUGAAGCUGGUGCUCAAAGUGGGAGGAAGUGAGAUCACAGAACUCUCAGGCUCCGGCCAUGACUCCAGUUACUACGACGACAGGUCAGACCAUGAACGAGAGCGCCACAAGGACAAAAAGAAGAAGAAGAAGAAAAAGUCUGAGAAGGAGAAAGACAAACACGUAGAUGAUGAGGAGAGGAGAAGACGGAAGGAGGAGAAGAAGAGGAAGAGGGAGAGGUCUGAGAUGGAGCCGGAGGUGAUGGACCAGUUUCACCCCAACAUCAAGGUAGAGGUGGAGCAACAAGGAGACCGGCCUGUCAGGGCUUGCAGGACAGCCCCGGAGAGUGAGUGCACCCCUCGACAGCAGCUCCUGGAACACUUCCUGCGCCAGCUUCAGAGGAAGGAUGCCCAUGGGUUCUUCACUUUCCCAGUGACAGACGCCAUCGCUCCAGGUUACUCUGUGAUAAUUAAACACCCCAUGGAUUUCAGCACCAUGAACGACAAGAUCACAGACAACGAGUACAAAACCGUCACAGAGUUCAAGGCCGACUUCAAGCUGAUGUGUGAUAAUGCCAUGGUGUAUAACCGUCCAGAGACCGUUUACUACAAGGCUGCCAAGAAACUGCUGCACACUGGCUUCAAGAUGAUGAGCAAAGAGCGGCUGUUAGCACUGAAGCGUAGCAUGUCUUUCAUGCAGGACAUGGAUUUCUCUCAGCAGGCGGCCAUUUUAGGGGAGGAGGACUUGGCGUCUGAGGAGCCCCCUCCGGAGGUCAUCUCCAUGCCCGUGGAGUCGGCGUCGGCCAAGAAAUCCAAGAAACCCAAAGACAUGAAAGAUAUGAAGGAAGUCAUCAGUUACCUGUAUGAGCCAGAUCUGUGGAGUGACGCCUGCAGCCUGACUGACAGCACAGCCACGGAGGAACACGUUCUGGCCCUGGUGGAGCACGCUGCAGAUGAAGCACACGCAUCAACCUACAUGCCCAACUCCAAGAUGGGUUACCUGAGGAAAGAGCCUGAUGGUAAUCUGUUGUACACUGUAGUGAAUCAGCUGAAUCCAGAAGCAAAAGAGGAGGAGACCCACCCUGUGGACCUGAGCUCUCUGUCCAAUAAGCUCCUUCCUGGAUUAACAACACUGGGUUUCAAAGAUGACAGGAGACACAAGGUGACGUUCCUGAGCAGUACCUACAACACCCAGACCCUGCAGAACAACUCCAUCUACCCAGACCUGCUGCCUGAUGAGAUGGACCUGCUCUACUCAGCCUACGGGGAUGAGACUGGGGUGCAGUGUGCUCUCAGUAUUCAGGAGUUUGUUAAAGGUUGUGGGAACGUUACUAAGCGUUUGGUUGACGGGCUGCUGGAUAAGAUGACUGCAGGGGACCACUCUAAGGCUGUCUACCAGAUCAGACAGAAACAUGGCGUUUAUGUUAACUUACCGGACGAACCCAAGAGCAACAUUUACGAUAUGCAGAUGGCUGAUGGGACAGGUCUGGGAGAGGGCAGCUCAGUGCUGGACUUCAUGUCCAUGAAGAGCUACUCUGACAUGUCUCUGGAGAUGUCCAUGCUCAACUCUUUAGGGAAGUCAGUGAAGAAGGAGCCGGGGCAUGAAGACGGGGUCAGCCAGCAGCACUUUGAGGAGGCAGCCAAGCUGCUGCAGGAGUUCCAGGAGGGCCAGGUGGAGAGGGGAGGCUCCAGACCCUCCUCUAACCUCUCCUCCCUGUCAGGGACCUCCGACAGGGACCAGCACCACCUGGGGAGUCCCUCACACCUGGGUGUUGGUGACCAGUCUGAGAUGGUUCAUGACCCCUAUGAGUUCCUCCAGUCUCCAGAGCCAGGCUCCACAUCCAACAGCUGACCUAUGAGUUCCUCCAGUCUCCAGAGCCAGGCUCCACAUCCAACAGCUGACCUAUGAGUUCCUCCAGUCCCCAGAGCCAGGCUCCACAUCCAACAGCUGACCUAUGAGUUCCUCCAGUCUCCAGAGCCAGGCUCCACAUCCAACAGCUGACC